GCGACUCCCGCCGUCUGCCCGGCCCCCGAGCUGACGCAGGCUCAGGCGGAGCCUGAGGCGGACUCGCUCGGCGCCCUCGCGGCGGCGGUCCCUGGCGUGCUGGUGGCGCGCAGCUGGAGGCGUACCGCGCCUUGCGAGGGGUCUGUGGCCGAAUGCCCAAGGCUGCGGAGGCCGCGAUCGGAGGGCGUGAUGGCGCUGCCCCCGCGAGACGAGGGGCUGGAGUGGUGGAGGCAGCUUCUGCCGGGCCAGCGGCUCAGCGUAACUUGCCGCGCCCGGGCCGCAUUGGCGCCUGACGGCGCCGAGUACGAGGAGGACUACACCGGCGUGAGCCCGCAGGCGGGGCCCGAGGGCGCGGCCCGGAUGCCAGCAGGUGGAGGCGCGCCCGAGGGCUGGCCGCGGCCGACCUACCGCGGUCGGGCGGCCCUCUCGGAGGAGGAGCUCAAGGCGGCGAUCAUGCGCGGCCGCGCGCUGGUGGAGGAGCGUCUGCCGGACCUCGCGCCCGGGCCGCCUGCUGAGGUAGCGGGCCCGGGUGACAGGCUGGUGGAGUGGGCGGACUUCUUCGGCGAGGCGAGGCGGCCAGGGUUGGAGGUCGAUUACGACGCGCAGGGGGAGAAGCACAAGCCCAUCAGGACCGCCUGCCGAGAGGGUUCGCAAGAGGCCUUCCCCGACCAGCCCAGCGAGGGGCCUGUAUCGGCCUUGACGGUGUGCAAGAACAGGGAGCGCACGAACGGCGACCCCAGGUCCUGGCGGAGGGACAUCCUGAGGUCCAGGGGCGUCGGCGACAAUGACAGAGUGACGCAUGAUAUGCAUGUUCUCUGCGACAUCCUCUUCUGGGCCGCGGUCUACGACCAGGUGAAUCUAGGCGACCCGAUGUGCCUGGAGACGGCGGCCAGGAGGAUCGCGGGGCUGGUGGAGGUGUACUCCGAUCCAGCCAAGCCUGUCUGGGGCCGCGCCCGCCUGUACCCGGGUGCUGCGUCCUCGGAUGGCAACGCGGACCAGGCCUUGCUGCGGUUCGCCACCAGGAGGAUCAAGGAGCAGCGGGAGGCCCAGGCGGUGCUGUCGUAUGACAAGGGCCCGCGGCGCACCGAGGGCGACGGCACCGCCGACGACGGCGGCAAGGGUCGGCUGGGGCGCCCGCCAUCGAAGAACGCGAAGGGAGGGGUGACGCGGGGUCGGCUUGCCGCCUCGCGCAGUGCCAGGGAGCUGUUUCCGCUGCCGCGCUGGCGCCUGCCUGAGCUGCCUGUGGCCGACUCCGUUCGGAGCAUGGCCCUGCGGCGGCGCGAGAGGCUGGUGUUCAAGAUGGGUAACGAGGCGGUGGAUGCUCUGAACUGGCUUGCUGGUUGUCGGGGCGGACCGGCCUACUUCGAUCCCGACCCGAUGCAGCUUGAAGUUUUGGAGCGGAUCUGCGAGUCAGCCUCGCGGCGGUUCCCAGGUCCUGAUGCUCUCAGUGAACGCGCGGCCGUCCGCCGGCUGCUGCGCGGGCAUGCGCCGUGCGAUGGGGCGGGAUGUCUCGCCCGUGUCGCGCCUUUCAGAAAGGGCCUUGUUUCGUUGCCCGAGACAGUGGAGGGCUGCCCGCCGUUUGAGGACGUGGCCCCUCCAGAGGUCCAGAGAUUCCUGAAGGGGCAUCCCGAGCGCAUGCUGCGCGCUGACAGUCCCUCUUCUACCGUGACACCUUCCUUCGACCCCGCGCUGAAGCGCAGCGUGAAGACCUACAGGCAGUUCAUCAGCGACCUGCGCCGACGCGGCUCGGUCGGCUGGACCACGCGCCCGCGUUGCCAGGUCGGCCUCUUCUUUGUCGAGAAGGACGGAGGUCAGCGGCUCAGGCUCAUCCUUGACGCCAGGCCCGCGAACCUUCUAUUCGAGCCGCCGCCGGGCGUCAGCCUCUUGAGCGCGGAGGGCCUCAGCCGUGUCGAGGUCGCCCUGCCAGAUGGCCUGGGCCCCUGGGGCGAGGGGGCGGAGCGGCUCCUCGGCAGUUACUCUUUGCGCGUGGGCCUGGCCGACGUGAAGGGCUGCUUCCGCAGGUUGCGACUUCCUGGAUGGCUCUCCGAGUAUUUCUGCCUACCCGUCGUGCCAGCGUACUUGCUCGGCGCGGAGGGCCAGAUCUGGGAAGGCAGGACCCUGGAGAGGCACGAUCUGGUGAGUCCGUGCUGGGCCGUCUUCCCAAUGGGUUUCACGUGGAGCUUGUGGGCUGCCCAGCGGAUCAACGAGUGCCAGACGAGUUCCAUCUGCUCGCAGCUGCGCGAGAGCCCCCUUACUGACCGUGGCAGGCCCCCCGUCUUCGGUCCCAGCGUCCCCAAGGACCGCGUCUCGCACUACGUGUACGUCGACAACCUGGGGGUGGCCUCCACCGACGAGCCCAUCGUCACCGAUGCGAUCGCGCAGCUGGUUGAGGGCUUCGACCAGCGCGGCCUCCUCCUCCACGGCAGCUCCGUGGGCGCCGAGGUCGAGGCGCUGGGCGCCGAGGUUUCGGGGGCCCUCUGGAGGACGAGAGUGACGCAGAAGCGGUUCUGGCUCAUUCGACAGGCCCUGAACGGCCUCCUGCGACGCCGCCGCCUCGCAGGCUGGGCGGUCGAGGUCCUGGGAGGCCACUGCGCGUUUGCGGGAUUGCUGAGCAGGGGUACGUUGAGCGUAUUCCUUACGGUCUAUGCUUUCAUGCGGAAGUCAUGCGCCGAACCUAGUGUGCUGUGGCUCGAAGCCCGCCAGGAGCUCGAGACGUUCCGAGGCCUCCUCAUCUUCUUGGAGAGUGACUGGACGCUGCAGUGGAACGAUCUGGUGGUGGCGACCGACAGCAGCUUGGAGGCAGGAGCUGGCUCGACCACCCGGUGGCCGCGAUCGCUGGUGGCCGAGGUGGGCCGCGUGCAGGAACGCGCCCGCUUCCGGGAGCCCGCGGCGGUCGAGACCGACGGUGCUGCCGGGGCCGCUCCUGCUGCCCGCCGCGGUGCGCGAGAUGCGGCGCUGGAGGCGGCUGGCUUCUGGCGCGACGCCGAUGGCGAGUGGCGGCUGGCCGAGGGCGCGAUCGACGACGACGAGCAGGCCGCUGCGUGGGAGGCAGGCCCGUCCUUCCCCGAGGUGCCCGCCGCGGGCCUGGCGAGUAACCGCUGGCGCACCAAGCAGGUGCAGCGCUGGCGAUUCGAGGGGGGCAUCCUUAUCAAGGAGGCCCGAGCACUGGUGAUGGGCGUCCGUCGCAUCGCCCAGUCUGUGUUCGGUGCCGCCUUCCGUCAGCUGAUUCUGUCUGAUAACAUGUCAGUUGUGCUGUCUUUUAACAGGAGUCGUGCUAAAGAGUUUGCUCUCCUCGUCCAGGUCCGCAGGUUUCAAGCCUACUGCCUCGCAAAGAAUCUGAAUGUGUCUGUGAGGACCCCCCGAGGGCCGCAGCUCCUGCCGAGACUCACCGCGGCCCAGAGAGCGCAGGACUGGCAGACCAGGUUGAGCUUGGUCGAGCUGUCGCCAGCGCCCAGACUGCCCGGACACGAGCGCGACCUCCAAGCCCUCCCCCAGGACUGGUCGCGCCCGAUCGUGGCCGGCAGCGACGACGGCAGCAGCGCCUCCGACGAUCGGCAGGUCGUGCCAGCCGGCGAGAUGCGCGAGAGGGAGCCGCAGAAAAAGGCAGCUCGGAGGCGACGGGCUUACGGCGCGGAGGCGUCACAGGGCAGCACGGCGGUGGCGGGCCAGACGUUCUUGGAGAGGCGGUCGGUGUUCGGACCUGCGAGGAACCGCUGCGCUCGAGAGCUGGAGGCCUCCCUGGAUUAUUGCGACCAGGGCCCGCCGCGGGCCUUGACCACGGCCUCAGAAAUGGACGAGGCGAUGGUCGACUACAUGAACCAUCUGUCCUUCGAAGGCCCCGAGAGCGCCAAGGGCGAUCAAGUGAUGGCAGGCCUCAUGUACAGGUUCCCGGGGUUCUCGAAGCAGGGCAAGGCCAAGACACCUCGGGCCUGGAGGUGCGGGCUCGCCUGGCGCAUGGUGGUGCGAAACGCGCUGCAGAUGGCGGUGUUCUUGCUCGCGAUGGUCUCCGGCUACCUCAGGCCCAGUCAUCGGCGGGCGCUGGCGAGAGGCAACAUCAUCGCGCCUGCGAUGGGG